CAGAUCAGUCAGUGGCUUCAUGGAGUUAUGUACCUCUGAUCCGCCGCCAUGGAUUGCAAUUCGCGAUCACUUCCUUUCAUUUUACCUGUUUUAUUGUCCUGCGUUCUCCCCGUGUUUCCCAUCAUCUACCCUCCCAAUGAAGUUAACCUGUUAGACUCUAAAGCGAGCCAAGGGGAGUUAGGAUGGAUUUCCUACCCAUCGCAUGGGUGGAGGGAAAAUUGGGAGGAGAUCAGUGGGGUGGAUGAGCACUACACUCCCAUCAGGACCUUCCAGGUCUGCAAUGUGAUGGAGUACAGCCAGAACAACUGGCUGCGCACCAAUUGGAUCCCUCGCCAGUCGGCUCAGAAGAUCUAUGUGGAGCUGAAGUUCACCCUGAGGGACUGCAACUCCAUUCCGCUGGUGUUGGGCACCUGCAAGGAGACCUUCAACCUCCUCUACCUGGAGGCAGACGACGACCAGGGAAGUCACUUCAGAGAGCACCAGUUCUCUAAGAUUGACACCAUCGCUGCUGAUGAGAGUUUCACCCAAAUGGACUUGGGAGAUCGCAUCCUCAAGCUCAACACUGAAGUGCGUGAGGUUGGUCCCAUGACUAAGAAGGGCUUCUACCUGGCGUUCCAGGACGUGGGCGCCUGUGUAGCUUUGGUUUCAGUGAGGGUUUACUUCAAGAAGUGCCCGAACACUGUAAGGAAUCUGGCCUCCUUCCCUGAUACGGUGCCCAUGGACUCUCAGUCGUUGGUGGAGGUCAAAGGCUCAUGCGUCAAUCACUCCAAAGAGGAGGAGCCUCCACGAAUGUACUGCAGCACAGAUGGGGAGUGGCUCGUUCCUAUUGGAAAGUGUCUAUGCAACCCAGGGUAUGAGGAAAGAAGCAACACCUGCCAAAUGUGCAGAGCCGGCUUCUACAAAUCCACCCUUGGAAAUAUGGAGUGUUCAAAGUGUCCACCACAUAGUUUCUCUCACCAUGAGGGCUCACUGCACUGUGGCUGCGAGAAGAACUACUUUCGAGCAGAAGGAGACCCCGCCUCCAUGGCCUGCACCCGUCCUCCUUCAGCCCCUCGAAAUGUGAUCUCCUCCAUCAAUGAGACCUCAGUAAUCCUUGAAUGGAGCUGGCCGGAGGACAGUGGUGGGCGCAGAGACAUCACCUUCACCGUCCUUUGCAAACGCUGUCGUGGGGGCGCCGCUAAUGGCAGUAACGCAGGGACCCAGCGCUGUGAGCCAUGCCGGAGCAACGUUCGCUUCCUGCCAAGAGCUGCAGGCCUGCACAACACCACGGUGACAGUGGGCGAUCUGCUGGCUCACACCAACUACACGUUUGAGAUCGAAGCACAGAAUGGAGUGUCGUCUCUGGCACCAAAGAUGAGGCAGUAUGCUGCUGUCACCAUCACCACCAACCAAGCCGCUCCCUCCCCGGUAACUGUAAUCAAAAAGGAGAAGACGUCUCGAAACAGCGUCUCCCUGUCCUGGCAGGAGCCAGAGAGACCCAAUGGCAUUAUCCUCGACUAUGAAAUCAAGUACUACGAAAAGGAAGAACAGGAGACCAGCUACACCAUCCUGCGUGCUCGGGGUUGUAAUGUGACUCUGAAUGGUCUGAAGCCCAACACGGCUUACCUGCUGCAGAUCAGAGCUCGCACCGCUGCAGGAUACGGAGCCAGCAGCCCCAGUUUCCAGUUUGAGACCAGCCCUGAUUCAGCCUUUUCAAUCUCCAGUGAAAGCAGCCAAGUUGUUCUGAUCGCCAUCUCCUCUGCCGUGGCCAUCAUCCUGCUCACUGUGCUGCUCUAUGUCCUGAUUGGCAGGUUUUGUUGCCACAGCAAAUCCAAACAUCCUGAUGAGAAAAGACUGCACUUUGGCAAUGGUCACUUGCGUUUGCCAGGUAUCAGGACCUAUGUGGACCCUCACACCUACGAGGACCCAAGCCAGGCUGUGCACGAGUUCGCUAAAGAGCUGGACGCCUCCUGCAUAGCUAUUGAUAAGGUGGUGGGAGCAGGUGAGUUUGGCGAGGUGUGCAGUGGGCGCUUGAAGCUACCCAGCAAAAAGGAAAUCUGUGUGGCCAUCAAGACUCUGAAAGGAGGAUACACUGACAAGCAGAGGCGGGACUUCCUGGCUGAGGCGUCAAUCAUGGGGCAGUUCGAUCACCCCAACAUCAUCAGGUUGGAAGGGGUGGUGACACGCAGUAAACCUGUCAUGAUUGUCACAGAGUACAUGGAGAACGGAUCACUGGACAGUUUCCUGAGAAAACACGAUGCUCAGUUUACAGGCAUCCAGUUGGUUGGCAUGCUGCGUGGAAUAGCAUCAGGCAUGAAAUAUCUGUCAGACAUGGGUUACGUUCACCGAGACCUGGCAGCUCGGAACAUCCUGGUCAACAGCAACCUGGUGUGUAAAGUGUCAGACUUCGGUCUUUCGAGAGUCCUGGAGGACGACCCGGAGGCGGCCUACACCACCAGGGGAGGUAAGAUCCCCAUUCGGUGGACCGCUCCAGAGGCCAUUGCCUACAGGAAGUUUACAUCAGCAAGUGAUGCCUGGAGUUAUGGCAUUGUUCUCUGGGAAGUGAUGUCAUAUGGGGAACGUCCAUAUUGGGAGAUGUCCAAUCAGGAUGUAAUAAAAGCGGUAGAUGAGGGGUACCGCCUCCCCCCGCCCAUGGACUGUCCAGCCACCCUUUACCAGCUUAUGUUGGACUGCUGGCAGAAAGAGAGGAACAAUCGACCGAAGUUUGAACAGAUCGUCAGCAUCCUAGAUAAACUCAUCCGCAACCCUGGUAGCCUGAAAAUCACAGCCAACACAACAUCAAGGCCAGCAAACUUAUUGUUAGACAGGAGCAGCUCAGAGGUUCCCUCUGUGGGGACAAUGGGGGACUGGAUGGAUGGAAUGAGGACCUUACCCUGCAAAGAGGCCUUCUCUGGGGUCAGCUACAGCUCCUGUGACACCCUGGCCAAGACCUCCACAGAUAGAGUGGUUCUGACCGAGGUCCACGUCACACCGGCCAGUUGCCCAGAAUGGGAGCCGUCCAUGGGAAUCACCACUCUCUAACACCCAGCUCCUCCUCCUCCUCAGGCUCUGGAUGGGAUCUGAAAAAGGUUGGAGUGACUAUCGUAGCACCGCAGAAGAAGAUCGUGAGCAGCCUCAAAGCCCUUGAUUCUCACACCAAGAAUGGCCCAGUACCUGUUUAGAAAAAGGAACCCGAUGAAUAAAAACACCAGAGACCGUCUGUCAGUGUGGUUGCUAAUCACAGUCUAACACGGUGGAUUCAUGUUUAACCUGGAAACGAUGGAAAUGGAGGGAAAACAUGACAUAAUUCAAAUGAGGGCUGUCAAUGCGUUGUUGAAAGACAAUAUGAAGUCCUGAGGGGGAAAAGGGAAGAGUUCAGUGCAGACCUGCCAGCUGUGAAGUGGCAGUCUCUUCCACCCUUCAUCCCUCCAUGCCCAAGCUGAGAUGCCUUACAGACAAAAAAGGAGGAUAGAAAGAGCAGAGGAAGUCCAUGGAGGUCAGAGAAACCUGACUGGGGAUGUUUACUGGGACUGGACCGUGAUAAACGGCAAGGACUGGACUAACAAACAGCCGGAGCUCUCCAAAAGUAGCUUGACUUGGAAAGCAUAGCCUAAAAGGAGAGGGGUGAGCUCACAGUCUCAGCAUGUGGGACAAGGAGCUGAAAUGGCUGAGCAAUGGCACAUAGCAGUACCUCACCCAGGUGUGGACCCUUCGUGAACUUACAAGCUCUGAGGCGUGAGAUUUCGUUGUAACUACCUACAUUUGCCGUCUCUACGGACACACCAAGAUGACAACCGAGCCAUUUAACUCUGUAGCUCUAACCUAUAGCAUUUGCAUUCAAUAGACAUGUCACAUAAAGCAAUAAUUAUGAUAAUCAGUUAAACGUCUCAUCGCGUGGAAGUCAUGAGUCUGUCACUUGUACAAACGCUGUGCUCUGAAGGUGUAGGGGCCAUAACACACUUCACACACAGAAUUUUUAAGUGAUAUCUAUGUUCUGUUGGCUCUUGAGCUGAUGUUGUACAGUUAUGUUGCUGUUUCCUCUAUCCAAUGCCCUAUGUGUAAAAUCUCAGGAUGUAUAUGUUUUUACAAGGGGAAACAGAACGAGAGAAUGGAGCUGAGCCAGGAUUUGAGAAAGACAAGGGGACGAAAAUGGUAAAACUGCUGAAGAAACAGUCAUAAAAGGGAAAACUGAACUUGAAUGAAGUGGUAUCAAGUGGACCUCUUUUUUUUUUAGAUGUUCUUGAUGUGUUAGCAAGUUUCUUCUUCAGGUGGGACAAGAUAUUCAACUCAGCACAUCAGGUAUCUUUGUCUUUCCAAGAGUUAUACAGAUAUUGGUAUCAUAUGGAGUGAGAAGGUCGAGAUCAACAAGGUUGAUGAGAGGAUGUCUUAGUUCCUUUGCUUUCUUCAAUAACUUAUUAACAAGAGCUUACAUUUAAUAUAAUAUAGAUCUUUGUUUUAGUAUAAAUUUAAGUCUUUAUCUUUCAAUCCUGGUGUGUUUCAUGCAAAAAGUAGAGGGCCUCCUGUCUUUGGGUUGGAUCAAGGCAAGAUCCUCAAGCAAAAAGGUUCACUUUUAUUUUAUUUCCUGUAAAGUUUUGGUCCUUUUUCCUGUGUUCAUAAAAAAGUGUGGUUUUUUUCUUCACUGCCCUAAACUAGCAAGGUGUGAAAAUGCCCUGAGGGAGAUGCAACAUUUACAAUGAAAGAUUACUUUCCAGAUUGACAUUUUACUGUAUGUCCAGGGUGGGAUUUCCUAAAGGCACCUACGAACAUAGAUGAUUUUAGUACCAUGAAGUACAGAUGUUUAUUUCUUGCUUUUAUGUCACCCAGCCUUUCCCUCAGCGCAGCUUGUAUUCAGUAUUUCUAAAGUGGCACUUUGGUACUUCGGUGCUGUUGGAUGGGUCCUUGUUAACCCUGGAGGUGGUUAAAUCUCUUCCUACUGUGGUACAAAAUAUUUGAGCACUUUUUUUUUUUUUUAAAGAUUUAUUUUUGGCCUUUUUGCCUUUAUUUGAUAGGACAGUGGAUAGAGUCGGAAACAGGGGAGAGAGCGGGGAGAGACAUGCAGGAAAUAGUGCCACGGGCCGGAUUCGCACCCGGGUCGCCUGCGUAUAUGGCAUGCGCCUUAACCACUCGACUACCGGCGCGCCAUAUUUGAGCACUUUUAAUGAAACUAUUUUUGCCAUGGUCAUAGAUCAAGGUUGUCUGGUGGACAGUGAUAAUGUUGGUGCUUUUAGGAAACCCCGGCCCUUUUCAGCGUUUCACUCCUCUGUUACUCAGUCUACCUGUGGAUGCUGCUGUUGCUGCUAUGUGUUCCAAUUAGCAUGUACAUACUGUAAACCAUCAUAAUAGCAACUAGCACUACAGAUCCCACUAUAUGUACAUGGCCAUCCUUCUUUGUACAAAUGUUUGUAUGUAUAAAAAGAAUAAAUAAAAAAAAUGUGCAACAUUUUUAAUUAAAAAAGAGACAAAAAUCAUCUGUAUUAUAUUUUAUCUUAUUUUGAAUUGUAUUUGUCUGCCUUGUUUUUUUUCUUUUCUACAAUAAAAAGGCAACUUUGACAUUAUUAUUUAUUUGUUAACAUUAUACCGCGCAAUGUUGAUGUUUUUUAUGUAGCAUACAGUAAAUUAUGUGUCUGUGCUAUCUGUGUUUUGGUUUUUGGACUUACUUUUUAAACCUGGGACAUCUGAGAGAGCAAUACUGUUAUGCACCCUUUUUCUGUCUCAAGACUGACCCGUGUGUCUGUGUGAGAGUUUACGUGUGCAAAUGUAGAUGGCCUUGUCUACUAAUGUAAAAUGAUUUGUAGUGGAAACAUUUAUAUUUUUAUAAUAAAUAUUGGCAAAAUAUUUUCCAAAAAAUGGAUGAUGAUA